AUGGCCAGUAACUUGACUGUAUUACUUAAGUCAGGAGACCUCCCUGUGGCAGGCUUACUGCCGCCUGUAGUCCUGCAGGUGGUCAUGGGGUUGUGCGCUGUUGUCAACGAGGCUCUAGGAAUUCUGGGUAUCGUGGCCAACAUUGUUAACAUUCUGGUGUUCUACAGGCAAGGCUACGACGACAGUGUUAACAUUACGUUAACAGCGCUGGCUGUCAGCGAUAUCGGGUCGUUGUUAACAUUGCAGAUAUUUAACAUCAUGAUCAACCCGUGGUUCAUGACGCUGGAUAUUGACGUCUACGUCAUCACUUUUGUGGAGCUGGUCAGCUUCUACCCCCACAACUACUUCAUCCGUGUGUGUGGGUUCAUCACGGCCUUCGCCUCGUUCGAGAGAUGUCUGUGUGUGGUGGUGCCACUCAAGGUCAAGCAGAUCAUAACUAAACGCGUUUCCAUAGCAACCAACAUCUUCAUAUUUCUGUUUCUCUGUCUGAAUUUGGUUCCAAUCUAUUACGUCACGUACUUAGGAUGGACAUUUAUGCCAAUAUUUAACAAAACAAUCUUAAUAGGAAUGAAUAAAAUGGACCCUUAUAUUGUAUUCGGUAUCUCCUAUUACUUUACCGAUCUAUUUAUUCCCUAUUUCUCAUUCUUCGUCAUCAUACUUUGCAAUAUAAUAAUCGGAAUACAACUCAACAGAAGAGCCUUAUGGAGAAGUUCAAUAGCAACAACGUCAAAAGCUACAAGUGAAUCGUUCCCAAGUAAAGAGAAGAAGCUGGUUCUGAUGCUUCAACUGGUGGCUGUUGUGUUCAUCGUGUGCCUGAUCCCCCAGUCAGCGGUUCUCACAACCAUCAGCUUCGUCCCAGAGUUGAGCAUCUUAGGCAACUACUUCGACGUGGCCUUGUUGUGUACGUUCAUCUCCAACUUCACCGAGACUAUCACCUCCAGCGUCAACCUCAUCAUUUAUUACAAGAUGAGCAGCCGCUACAGGAACACGUUCCAUGCUAGUUUUGGUGGUGUUUUUAGAGCAGAAAUUAAGGCUGGUCUCAAGAGUAGAAAUAAUUACUCUUCUAAAAGUGUGCAAUAA